UCAAGAGACGACUCAAGCUAGACCAGCAAAUCCAUAUUCCUUUUUCUCUCCAUCUAGUUCAAGCAAGCAACACACUCAGUUCUCUUAACGCUAAAACUCUCUCGAUCUCAAUAUGAUCACAAAGGCACCAGCAGAAGAACACCCGGUGAAGGCCUUUGGCUGGGCUGCUACAGACCAGUCUGGCCAUCUCUCUCCGUUCAACUUCUCUCGAAGGGCAACAAACGAUGAUGAUGUAAGGUUUAAGGUGUUGUAUUGUGGAAUCUGUCACAGCGACCUUCACAGCAUCAAGAACGAUUGGGGCAUCUCAACUUACCCUAUUGUUCCUGGGCACGAAAUCGUUGGAGAAGUCACAGAAGUGGGGAGCAAGGUGAAGAAAGUUAAAGUGGGAGAGAAAGUGGGUGUUGGAUUCAUCGUCGGUGCAUGCCACUCCUGCGAGAACUGCAACAAUGACCUUGAAGUUUAUUGUUCAGAAAUGUUGUUCACCUACAAUUCCGUUUACCACGACAAAACAAUCACAUAUGGAGGCUACUCAGACACAAUGGUAGCUAACGAGCGCUACAUCGUUCGCUUCCCCGAAAACAUGCCACUUGACGCCGGAGCUCCACUCCUAUGUGCUGGAAUCACAGUUUACAGUCCCCUAAAAUAUUUUGGUCUUGUCGAGCCGGGUAAGCAUAUUGGGAUUGUCGGCCUGGGUGGCCUUGGCCAUCUCGCUGUUAAAUUUGCAAAGGCUUUUGGGGUCAAAGUGACGGUAAUUAGCAGCUCCAUUACCAAGAAGGACGAAGCCUUGGAACAUUUUGGUGCUGACUCAUUUUUAAUUAGCCGUGACCAAGAACAAAUGCAGGCUGCCAUGAACACAAUGGAUGGUAUCAUCGAUACGGUAUCUGCUGUGCACCCAAUUUUGCCAUUAAUAGGUCUGUUGAAGUCCCAUGGAAAACUUGUUUUGCUGGGUGCGCCGGACAAGCCGCUCGAGCUACCAGUCUUUCCUCUGCUUUUGGGAAGGAAGAUGGUUGUGGGGAGUGCUUUGGGCGGAAUGAAGGAGACACAAGAGAUGAUUGACUUUGCGGCAAAACAUAACAUCACGGCGGACAUUGAGGUUAUUUCGAUGGAGUACGUGAACACGGCAAUGGAGCGCCUUGCUAAGGGUGAUGUUCGGUACCGAUUUGUAAUCGACGUUGGAAACACGUUGGCUGCUACCAAGCCUUGAAGACCCAAAAAAAAAUUAAAAAAAUUUAUCUACUUUUGUACUUUCAAUUCGAAUAACCUUCAGUAAAAUGAAAAGUUGGAACAUUCCUACCA